AUGAGAGUAGGACAUGAGAGGUUAUUGAGACAAGGAAACAAAGGAGAAGGCCCUAUUCAAGGAUGGUCUCCACACAUUAAUGAGGAUCGGGCGUCUGCCCUGUGGAGAAAACAGCAGGGCGGCAAUUUCCAAAGUGCGCUCAUUUCCACCACAGAACGUCAGCAAAGAAGAUCGGGGUCUCCCCGAGCUGGAGUGCAGAGCAUACCGAGAGAUUUUUCAGCUCUUUUGGGAAAUGGAGCUGCCCGCAGAGAACUCGGUUGGGAAACCAGCGUUAUUGAGGCUAAACUCAGCGAGACACCCAGUACCACACAUAACAUCAACCCGGCUACGGGCAAGGCAAACGCAGAGGUGCCAUUGUCCAGACCCCAGGAUGUCGAUGAUGCCGUGAAUGCUGCCCGACGCGCAUUCAAGCACUGGGCCAACAUUCCCUUUGCGCAGCGACGGGAGGCCGUUCUUGCAUUUGCCGGCGCCAUCAAGAGCCAUCGAGGUGCCUUUGCCAAAGUGUUGACCCAGGAACAAGGAAAAGCAGUAAAUACCAGACACCAUUUCGCUCAUACGAGGACGCAACCUUCAACCACCACAACAGGGACUCGCUCCGGAAUCAUGAAGUCCAUGUUCAGCGUCUAUGAUGGCUUCCAUCACCAAUCUGCCCUGCCAGAUACUGCUGCCAUGUCGGACCGGGGGUUUUUGCUAGGCAAUGGCAAUGAGCCGCAGCCGUCAUUUUUUGAGACCGAGCUACCACCCUUGUUCGACAACGACCUCGCCUUCUUCGGCGCUGAACAACUCUUCUUUGGAAACAGUGACGCCUCUGAUUUCUAUUUCUGUAGGAGCACAACCGCCCUAGCGGGGAUGAACCAUUGA